GCCUGCCUGCUCCUCCUCACAAAAGAUUUGGGCGAAUUCCUUUCUCCGGGUUUUCAAGCCAUCUUUUAAAAAUCCAUCCCGCUCUCUCGCGUUGAAAACUGGAGCUGUGUCGGGAAGCGAGAGACGGGAGACAGAAGGAGGAAGCUUACAGGGAGCAGGAAAAAGAAGGAAGGAAGGAAGGAUUGGGGAAGCAACUGAUAAGCAGGCGAAGAAGGUGGCCGGGGACGCGGCGCAGUCGCUGCUUUCCGAAAGCGAAAGGAUCCAGACCGCGAAGGGGAUCACCAUGGGCGAUAACGCGUCUCCCGAUGCCGGCUGCUAGCAAGUGAAGGGGCUUGGGUGAGGAGAAGGAGGCGGUGGAAGCAGCUCCCGAUCCCGCAGCCGGGUUGCACAGAGCCCGGGGAGCAGAGGCUCGCUGCUCGGACGGCUGGCUGCUGGGCUUGGAAGGAAAAAGCGGGCUGGGAAGCGGCGACAUCCACGUAAGUGCGGCGCCUCAGGCUUUGGCCAUGCCUUUCGCCAAGAGGAUCGUGGAGCCCCAGAGGCUGUGCCGGCAGCAGCACAUCGCUUCGGUGCUGGACGAGGGCUCCGGCUUCGAGCUUCCCCAGCCAGGGAGCCACCGAGAAGAGCCCGGGGAGGCGGUGGACGAGCCGGAGGAAGAGACUCCGGCUGGGCUAGCUGCCGCGGUCCCCGCGGAUGGGAAGGAGAACCAGGAGGCGGCGGCGGCGGCGGCGCUGGUGAUGUUGGAUCUGUGCUCGGUCAGCAAUGUGGCUCUCUCGAGGAUCCUCCGGCAGCUCUCCGAUGUGGCCAAGCAUGCCUGCACCCUCUUCCAAGAGAUCGAGAGCGAGAUCCAGAUCACUCACCGCAGGGUCCAGGCGCUGCACAGCCGGAUUGGCGGCGUCCAAACCAUUUUACACAGUUUGGAUCCCAAGCAGGAGGCAGUGCCUGUCUCAAACUUGGAUGCAGAAAGCAAACUGAAUGUGUACUAUCAUGCACCUUGGUACCAGGAGAGAAACAUUUUCCUUCCUUCUACCAGACCAGCGUGUAUAGAGGACCAGCAUCGCCAUGCCAAGCAGAACUUGAGAGCCUUGAGGAGGGAGCACCGAAACCUGGGGGAUAACAGAGAACAAAAAACUGCGAGCCAAAUUGUGGUAGCUCCCCCAUUUCCCUCUUUUCCUGUGAUCUACAGUAAGAAGAAAAAAGAGACUAAGGACCAUCGCUUGCUAAAAUUUUACAGAACCCGUUCGCCUUCCCCCACUGAGUGUUGCCACAUGACCCCGUGGAGUAAAAAGUCCCACACUUCAGAAGAAGAAGAUACAGAUGUCAUGUUAGGGCAGAGGCCGAAAAAUCCAAUACAUAAUAUACCUUCUACACUGGAUAAGCAAACAAAUUGGAGCAAAGCACUACCUCUCCCAACUCCAGAGGAGAAAAUGAAACAAGAUGCCCAAGUGAUUUCCUCUUGCAUUAUCCCCAUCAAUGUCACUGGAGUUGGUUUUGACCGAGAGGCUAGUAUACGCUGCUCACUUGUUCACUCACAAUCCGUACUGCAGCGAAGACGGAAACUGAGAAGGAGAAAAACCAUCUCUGGCAUCCCCAGAAGAGUCCAGCAAGAAAUAGAUUCUGAUGAAUCACCAGUAGCAAGAGAACGGAAUGUCAUUGUGCAUGCAAAUCCAGACUUCUCUAAUAACAUCAACAGGAGAUCAGGUACCAGAGACUCUGAGUGCCAAACAGAAGAUAUCCUCAUUGCUGCCCCAUCUCGGAGAAGAAUACGAGCUCAGAGGGGUCAGAGUGCAGUAGCUUCUCUAUCUCACUCAGCUGGCAACAUAUUGGUGCUGACAGAUAAUGGGGACUCUGUGUUUACAUCAAUGAGCAAUCGUGUUCGAUCAAGGAGUCUUCCUCGUGAAGGUGCUAGAGCCAAUGAAAAAGACCACAACACUGGUGCCAAAAUGUCAGCAUAUGAAGCAGAACACUUUUUAACAAACCAAGAACGAAUUUCCACAAAGAGUAAGGAUGCCAUUAAUAACCACUGCUCACAGGAACACCAUCCCAGGGGCUUAGCUUGUUCUCAGCAUCUUCACAGUCCAGAUCAUAACUCAGAUGAAAGAGGGAGGUCAAGGUUAUCAAGGAUGGUGGAUUCUGGAAGUUGUGAUAUUUCAUCAAACUCUGAUACCUUUGGAAGUCCAAUUCACUCUAUCUCCACAGCUGGGGUUCUUCUGAGCAGUCACAUGGACCAGAAAGAUGAUCAUCAAUCAUCUAGUGGAAACUGGAGUGGAAGUAGCUCAACGUGUCCUUCCCAAACUUCAGAAACAAUUCCUCCUGCUGCUUCGCCUCCACUGACAGGUUCUUCACACUGUGAUUCAGAAUUAUCACUGAACAUUGCCCCGAAUGCCAAUGAAGAUUCAAGUAUUUUCAUAACUGAACACUACAGUGAACAGAUAGAUAAAAUUAGAGGCCACAGGGCAAGUUCUUUCACUUCCACUGUUACUGAUCUACUAGAUGAUCCUAAUAACAGCAAUACAAGUGACAGUGAAUGGAAUUAUUUGCAUCAUCAUCAUGAUGCAUCCUGCCAUCAUGAUUUCAGCCCUGAACAUCCCAAGACUGAUAGUCUGGGCUGUCCAAGUUUUACAAGCAUGGCCACUUAUGAUAGUUUUGUAGAGAAGAGCCCAUCUGACAAAGCAGACACCAGCUCACAUUUUUCAGUUGAUACAGAAGGCUACUAUACCUCCAUGCACUUUGACUGCGGACUCAAAGGAAAUAAAAGUUAUAUUUGUAACUAUGCAGCUGUGGGCUCUGAGAAUGGCCAGAAUACAAGUUUUGCUUCCAGUCUCACCCACUGCAGUUGGCAGGAUUAUAUAGACCAUAGGAAGCAAGGAAAACCGAGCAUCUCUCUAAAGAAACCAAAGGCAAAGCCAGCCCCACCAAAACGCAGUUCAUCUUUAAGGAAAUCUGACAGCAGAACAGAUACUUCUGAGAAGAAAGAACCAAAGAUAACUAGUGGGCAGCAGCACAUGCCUCAUACUUCAAGGGAAAUGAAGCUGCCCCUCGAGUUUGCAAACACACCUUCAGGAGUAGAAAAUACUAAUCUGCCAAGUAAACAGAAACAGUCCUGGGAUAAUCAGGAUGAGAACGAUGUAAAAGGCCUCCCAUUUGAUACCAUGGACAUUGUGUCAUUUAAAGAUGAAGGUGCUGAACAGUCUCACUAUGCAGAUCUCUGGCUUCUAAAUGACUUGAAAUCUAAUGAUCCCUAUAGAUCUUUAUCUAAUUCAAGCACUGCUACGGGUACUACGGUCAUAGAAUGCAUAAAGUCACCAGAAAGUUCUGAAUCUCAAACAUCACAGUCUGGAUCAAGAGCCACCACUCCUUCUCUUCCUUCUGUUGAGAAUGAGUUUAAGUUGGCUUCCCCAGAAAAACUGGCUGGUUUAGCUUCUCCCUCAAGUGGUUAUUCCAGUCAGUCAGAAACCCCAACGUCAUCGUUUCCAACAGCAUUUUUUUCUGGUCCCCUGUCCCCAGGAGGGAGCAAAAGAAAGCCCAAAGUACCAGAAAGGAAAUCCUCAUUACAACAAUCUUCUUCUAAAGAUGGCAGCAUAUCUUUAAACAAAGACUUAGAACUUCCAGUUAUACCUCCUACGCAUCUCGACCUAAGUGCUCUUCAUAAUGUCUUGAUUAAACCAUAUGCUCACAGACCCCAGCUACAUGCUUUUAAUAAUAAUAAAUCAAAUGUAAUAGAAGAAGCACUGAAUUCUAAUUCCUCACCAGCUCUUGCUAUUACACCUUCAGUGCUGAAGUCAGUACAUCUUCGAUCAAUUAAUAAGCCUGAAGAAAUGAAACAGAAAGACAAUCCAGACUUUCUACAUAUUCAAGAACAGAGUUUGGUAACUGCUAUUUCUUCAUGUAAAAUGAAACCACGUGUAAGUAAGAAACAAAUAUCACAUCAGUACUUCAUAGAAGAUGCCAUCGUGUCCUAUAUCAAUCCCUCUCCGGUACAGAUAAGCCUAGAACAAUUACAAACAGAGAAUAGUUCAACUUUCAGUGAAAAAAAUACCUGCCAAGAGAAUCUAAUCUCAUUAGAGCAGGGUGUCCCAGCAGCUAAAGGUGUACCAGAUCAAAUGCAUUCAGUACAUGAGAUUUUACUAGAGAGUACAGCUAAUAAAGCUUGUGGGGUUUCUGUUGAACCAUUUCCACAAGGCACAACAGUUCUUUCAAGCAAUCUUGAAGGGAAAAUAGUUACUUGUGGAUCAGAACAGGAUAAGAGUCUUGGCCCCGUGCAGCUUCCCUAUGAAUUACCUGCGCACUGUGAGCAAAAGCUGAAAUAUGAACCACUAAAUGAAGAUAUUCCCCAGUCUGACUCCUCAACUUGGGGAGCAGAUACUUGUUAUCAGCUAAAGCCUCAGCUUGAUCUAAGCCAACAUGAUGACAAAGUGCCUGAGAAUACCAGUUUUGAACCAGAGAUCUCAAAUAUAGAUUCACUCAGUGAAAAAUGCUCUGAGCAGGAAAAUGAUAUUGUGUCAGGUAUUCCAGCCAAAAGUGCCUCAGACGACAGUGAUAGCAGAUCAGCUGAGAGACAAGGAACUGCAGAAGAUGAUACCUUAAAAGAAUCUUCUGUGAGUGAUGAUUCUAUAAUCUCACCCUUAAGUGAGGAUUCUCACACUGAAGCAGAAGAGUUUUUGGUGUCUCCAAAUAAACCGCGAACAACAGAGGAUCUGUUUGCAGUAAUUCACCGGUCAAAAAGGAAAGUGCUUGGAAGAAAGGAUUCUGGAGACCUUUCUUCAAAGAACAGACUGAAAUCUUCGUCUAGUAAUAACAGUGUGUCUUCUGUCAGUAGCACCCCGCCCACAACUAAUAUUCCCCUCACCACCAGUGCAGGAAGCCCAGCAUGCAGCCAGAGGUCUCCUGGACUUAUUUAUCGGAAUGCCAAAAAGUCCAGCACAUCAAAUGAGGAAUUUAAACUACUGCUCUUGAAAAAAGGCAGUCGGUCUGAUUCUAGCUACAGGAUGUCAGCCACCGAGAUACUAAAGAGUCCUAUUUCUCCCAAAUCUCCUGGAGAACUAAUUGGAGAUACUCUUCAAAAUGCAGAUGAGUCCUUCCAAGCCUCAUCAAGUGCCGAGGCAUUAGCUCCUCUCUCUCCUUGUCCCCCAAGGAUAAAUGCAGAAGGGUUUUCUUCCAAAAGCUUUCCUACAUCAGCAUCUUCUCGUGUAGGACGAUCACGAGCACCUCCUGCCGCAAGCAGUAGCCGAUACAGUGUCCGUUGCAGAUUGUAUAACACCCCAAUGCAAGCCAUUUCAGAAGGAGAGACUGAGAAUUCUGAUGGGAGCCCGCAUGAUGAUCGAUCCUCUCAAAGUUCAACAUAAGUUGCCUAAGGGCCUGAGCACAGUUCUGACUGUUAAAUGGGGGAACUCUGCAUUUGCUAAGCAUAUUUGACUAUAAAAAGCCAGUUCUGUAGCAGUCAAAUACCUUACAGGGCAAUAUGUGAUGCUUGAAAAUGUUAAAGAUUGCUAAAAGAAUUAAAUGAUAUGUAGGUAUUUAUUACAUCACAUUUUCUAUCAGUAGAAAUAUAUGGUCAAUCUUUAAUUUUUCUUCUCUCUCUCUCUCUUCCACCAUCAGUGUAAAUUUAUCCAGUUUUCUAUAUUCCUUCUUUCUCUCCAGAGACAUUACAUUACUGUUGUGCUUCCCUAGGGGUGGUAAAACAUAAAAUAGGUGAGGAAUUAGUAUUUUUUUACAUUAAAAUGAAUUGAAACAAAAUAGAAUGGACAAAACAGAUGUACAUAUCUGUAUUUUUGAUAAGUAAUUGUAAAUAGUAUUAUUGCAGAGAAAAAUGUGGUGGGUGGCAAAUGAAAACUAUCUUGUUAAAUUACAAAAAGAAUAAAGAUAAUGACUGUAUUCUGUGAAUACAAUUUUCAAAUCAACAUUAUUUACAUAUCAACCACUACCACUGUUAAAUAAUUAAAGCCUCUAACCUGAAUUUUACACUUGAAUUAGUGAAAAUCCUAUUAAUAAAAACGAUGAAAUUAAAUAAUAUCUGAUUUUCUUUAAAAAUGUCAUUCCAAGCAAGCUAAUUUUAAAAUGCAAUUUGUGAAAAGAGGCUCAUUGACAAACACUACAAGUAUACAAUGUUUAUAAACCAGAUUUUCUGCUCUGGCUUCUCCCUUCAUUAAGAAUUCUGAGAAGUGUAGUUAUGUGAAAAUUUUGUUGGUAUGCCAAGAAUUGUAUCACUCUUUCGGUUGAUUUCUUCACUUAAACCCAUUUUAAAAUUCUCUAAAGUUUGUUUCCAGGACCAUUUCUUCAUUCUCUUUCCUUUCAUGUCACUCUCUUGUUUACAUGUGAAAGCACCUACAUAUUCAGUUCUCUGAGGAAAUCCUUGUGUUGGCUCUCAAACUUCUGUUGGGUGGUCUUCUCAGCUAUGGCUGCAGAAUGAUGGUAUAACCAUAUUAUUUGUUGAGCGCUUAUAAGCAAGGUACUGCACUGAACAUGUGGACUGCAUAGAAACCACAGAAGUAGAAGCAUUAAAAUCUAGAAAAACAAUCUAAAACUCAUAUAAAUAAUUAUAGAUUUUAAAAAAUAGGAAUGGAAAGUUUUAAAAUGAGGGAAAAUAAACAGACAAUCAACCAAGUAUUCAUUUGUAACAAAUGCUAUAAGCAAGAGUAAUACACGAAAAAAGUGAAAUAGAGGGAAAAUGAGGUUUAAUAAACUCAUACUUAAUAUUUUAUCUUUUGCUAAUACCCUGUUAUUAAAAAUAAAUGCCAAGAUCUGCCUUAAAAACCAACUUAUGAUUGAAACUAGCAUUUGUCAAAAUCUGAAUAGAAAAGUGAAUUUUAAGAAAUAGUAAGAUAGACAGACAGACACACAGACACACCCCAAAGAGGAGGAAAUUGAGAGAGACAAAAUCUGAUGAAAUACUUCCAUAUAUUGGUACUAUCCUAAGAUAAAAUCUUUUUAAGUGACAUUUUGGGUUGGCGCAGAGAUUGAGAACCUAUCUUCUCAAUAUUGUUUCUGUAUAUGUUUAACACUAAAUUCAAGUUUGAGCCUUGAGUAACAGAAUCUCAUGCUAUACUCAUAGCCUAUUUAUCCCAUUUUAAUUAAUGUAUCCUACAAUCUUAUGAACCUGUUAAAAUAAGUCAGCCUUAUUCUGAAUAAAUAUAUUUAGAAUUGUACUGUCACGCUGCAGUCCUCAACACUGUCAUUUAGCAAAUGCUAUUGAAGCUCAGACUUUUUUACUCAAGUAAACCAUUUGCCUUCCAUUUCUUUCUCAGUGGAUAGACCUGAUGUCCAUUUCUGUGUGUGUGUGUGUGUUUUAACCUGGGGAUCAAAGCAUCACUAGCUUUUCCCCUCAGACUUUUAUUGAAUUGCACUAUGGCCAUUCCUAUCUUUAUAUCACCUCACCCUACAUUUCCACUAACAAAAAUUCAACAUGGCAGGAUAGUAACAUUGUAUCACAUAGUAAACUGCAUAUAACAACUUUGUGCAAAGCUGGUAUAAUCCAUAGUAUCCCAGCUGCAGUCAUGCCCGCUGCAAUAUGCUUAUAAUGGUGAAUUUUAUUUGCAUCAGGAGAGUAAAUUCAUUAAAUUUUUACAAACUCAGGAAAAAUAAUUCACUUUUUUUAAAUUACAAAAUUCCAUUUAGAUCGUGAACUCCUUUCUUUACAGCUAUUUUACUAUCAUAGGGGCACCAAAACCCUGGAUUUCUGAGUUAUGUUCUACAGGCUAGCAACACACUUAAAAUUUAAUCAGGAAGUUUCUUUUUUAAACAGUGACUGUGUGAAUCAUCAGUAACAUCUACACACUUUGCCUUAAAUUGUUCAUUCCAUAAUAGCUAGAAUUUGCUCUGGGUAUCUGGAAAUUUGGCUCAUUAUGUCAACCACUACAGACAACCACAAGCUCUGCAUUUAGUUCUCGACUUAUCAAUCAUGUGUCCAUCAUUUUUAUCUGUUUCACAGCUUUGCUGUGAGGAUAAAAUUGGAAAGCUCCUUGGAAGAAAGUUGUGUAGGCUACAAAGGUGAUUAAAUAGUGUGAUUAAUAUUUCUCUCAUGUGCAAACUAUGGAGGAACAAUAAAAAUACAUUACUUUUUAACUCUUGUGAUAAUGGCAUAAUACUUUUUUUCAUUUUGUAGAUCCAAUAAUUUCUCUGUUCCAUCACAGAACUACAAUUCCCAGAGUUCUUAGGGGAAGCCAUAUCCAAUGAACAGAUAUGAGAGCUAUAGUGCCACCAUAGCUAUUAGCAUUGGUGCUGAAAACCACACUUAAAAAGGACAGCAGAAACAAAAUUUUAAAAAAAACCUUUUAAGAAAAAAUGUUAAGUAUCUAGCUCUUUCUGUGAUAUUUGGCACUCAAUAUGGCCAGUGAUUAUAAUUGCUUCAUACUAUUAUUACAGCUAGAUUGUUGGGAAACCUAGCAAUGCUCUGGUAAAUAAAAGUAAUACCAAGUUCAUAGCUAAGUAACUAUUAAGCAUGCAACAAAUGCUAUUGAUUCAUGAAUGAACUGUACAAUACUAUUUCAGUGAAGCUUUGUGUGGACAACUUCAUCUUACCUAAAUAUUUAUGAAAAUGACACUGUGAAAAAAAUAACUAAAAACUAGGUAUAGGUAUGCGUUCUUUAUACUUACUGAACAUGGAAUGGGGAAAGUCCCUAGUUCAUACUGCUCAGCUUCUUUCUGUCUUGAUUUUAUUAGAAAUGCUUACCAGGACAGCAGUCUACAGUGGGUGGAGUGCAGAAGAAAUCAGAGCAAAUAUUUUGAAUAAAUGAAAGCAGAGAAACGCUGGUUUACCUGAAGUUGCUUGAAGGUUGUUGUCAGAAGACCAAAAGCAAAACCAUGCUGAUGGAUCCAAGCACAAUUGGGAUUUUUAAAAAUAGGUCAAAUACAAUCUUUUCCCAAGACAUACCACAUCAGUUUGCCAUGGGCAACUUACUCUAAAAUGAAUUAUUUGAAUCAGGUUUGUAAAACGCAGUUCAUCAAACUAGAGAACUAAUUAAAGCAGAAUUCAGGAAGGAAGGUUUAGCAUAGAAACUACUUUGAGAAGAAAUGUACUGCCAUGUUCGGACUGAGUCCAGUAUCUGAUUUAAGUAGGUAGUCACUAGUAGGUCUGUGGGGAAGGUAGCUGCAAGCAGAAGUAAAUUCUCGUAGGAAUCUAGGAAAAGUGAAAACCAUGGGAGGAUUAUUUCUUACACUGCUUAUAAUAAGAUAAUUUUAUCUUAUUAUAAGCAGUAAGAACAUUAAAUGUUGAGCAAAUGAUUACAUACAUUCAAAAUUAACUGUAAUUUUUCCCUUGUAACAGAUUGAUAAAAAUGUACAUUAUUAUGUUAGACUUAAAAUCCUCCGGUAUGGGGAAAAAAUAAAAGAAUGCUUAGCAUGUGUGUAGAAAGAGGUAUGAGAACAGGGUGCUGGCUCAAUUCUAAGAUUUGCCACAUAGGCAAAGUAUUUAGUUGGGCUUCUUUGCAUAGGUGAGCCAGUAUGUCCUGACCAACUGUGAUAGUAGUCUGGCAUCAUGUAUAAAAGUUAGGCAGUUAGGAGAACAGUCUUUGAGUGACAGAGCUGAAUUAGUAUUGGAGGAGCAAUGUGGUAGAGUGGUUAAGGUGUUGGGUUAGAACCAGAGAGGCCAAAAGAGGCCAAAGUUCUAAUUAUUCCUCAGUCAUGGUAGCUCAUUGGUGGACUUUGGGCUGACGGCUUUCUCUCAGUCCAGCCUCUCUGGAAGUAAUGCGUACGAUGCCUUUUGCUCCUAGAUAAAAGACAUGACAGAAAUCUAACAAACCAGUGAAUAAGGAGAAUGUUAACUUGUGGUAAUUGUAGCUAACAGACAAACUGUAGCAAGUUGUCAGAAAGCCAGUGAAAGAGACUGUGUUGGGGAGGGAGCAAGAUUAAUGUAACUUUUUAAAAAACUACCAUUGGUCUAGAAGGCACAAGUCCUGUCUGAGAUCACUUUCCUUCAGAUUGCUGCCGAGAGCUGCUUUACUGCCUGAUUCCAAGCUUGAUUAUCUCUCUUAGUGCUAAAGUGAGAUAGCAUCAAUUACAAUGCUUUAAUGUUACAGGCAGAUUCAGUACUAUUCUCAUUUGGGAUCCGAAUGCCAAAUCCAUUCAAUAAAAAUCCUGUAUAAGGUAUAUUAAAAGUCGAAUUGGUUUGUUCAAUAUGUAAGCCUUAUAAGUUUCAUCCAGGCAAUUUAUGCAACUAUCAGUUAUGUUCCAGGAUGUUAAAUGAUUCCAUAUAAACACUGCAAGCUUACUACACAGAAACAUGCAAUUUGAACGAGAAGGCAGUGAAACCAUUCUAUGUAAUGCCCACAAAACUAUCACAACUACUUACUUUGUUUACACAGAAAUCUAUAUCAAAGCAUUUCUAUUUUCUAUUUAUAAAAUUAAAGCCCAAAUUAAGAUGGAUUAUAAAUCCACUUUAGAAACUAUUUUUGUUAUUUUUGCUAACUCAGAUUGCCCACUCUGCUAUAGGCAUCUGAAGCUCUGAUGCCCCCAGUGAAAUCAGGGAGAAGCAUAACUCACCCAUGCACAAUAUUGCCCUUCUUAAUGUGAGCAGCUUCUGCUGAGAGAGUGUGCAGAUAAAAAUUAUCAGAGACUACAAUUACCUAGGAAUAAGCUUCACUGAAAACAGUGGGAUUUAUGUAAACGUUUAUAUGGUUGCGCUGCACAAGUCGUAUGCCUUCAGGACCCUCCAAAGAUACAAAAGUUAACAUCUCAUCUUGAAACAGAGAAUACAUAUAGAAAUGUUUCUAAUUUAUGAACCAUAAUUCUAACUUGCAAUUCUGUUGUUUGCACUGAUGUUUCAAGAAUAAGUUUUGAAGUUACGCAGUUAUUCAUUUGCUAACAUAUUUUUUUUUCUUUUGUGAUAUUAUGGCAGCAUAGAGUAUCGAUUAAUUGUAGAAAUAAAGCAUAUGUUUGCAUUUGCCAAAGGCCACACUGAUAAGAGUGCAUUUGCUGCAAUUGUGGCAGAUUUAAAGAAAUACAUAGAUUAUGACUUAAAAGUUUAAAAACUAAUUAAGAAGGUUACAGUGUAACUAUUUUGGUACUAGCACCAGUUCAUGCUGGCAGAAAAGACAAUGGUUUAUGGACUUGCAUCCAUUUUGUAUUUUUGUAAUAUUUGUAAAUACAAACUUUUUAAAUUGUUGCAAAAAUUGUUUCUUUUGUAAAAUGUUUUCGAAGUUUACAUUAAAACCAACCCAGUUUGUAUAUUUUAGAAUUGUGCAACACUUUAAGUCUUGUAUUUAUUUUUAGUAAAACAGUGACAGUUUCAUUGUGAACCCCCUCUCUAAACUGUGUCAGAAAAGUCUGAUUAUCUAGGAAAUGUGUAUAGAAACUGCAAAUAAAUGUGACUGCAAUUAAA